CCCUUUCUUUUUCUUUUUUUAUUAGGCUAACAAUACACAUCACAAGCUAAAAAGAUACAUAAAAACACAAGAAAAAAGAACCAAAAUCUGACUUGCAACAUAAGUUAUAAUAUAUGCGCACGACAAAACAAGACAGUGCUGAAUUUGUACAACAACGUUCCUUACAAUUACGACAAACAACACGAUAACGAAAACUAAUCUAACUAAUAAUGUAAGGAAAUAAUUUUAUUCACCCAUAAACUAUUAAAAAAUUACAUUACUAACCUAUUCAUUUCACAUCUGAUGAUUCUAAGCCGGUAAAUACGAGCGGCACCUGGCGUCGACAGAAUCUACCACCGGAUCUGAAUUGCGACCCACUGCGAAGAUCCGACGAGAAGCUCAAUUCGCUCGUCGAAGUCUUCUUGAUAUCUGACGAGUUCGAUGAGAAGGGUAAUGACGACGAAAUUUGCUCAAAUGCAUGUUGUAGGCACGUCCAUACAGACCAACCAGUUCUACAACCUUCAAUGCUUUUAGAAAACAAAAAAAUAUUUAAAAAUUACAUUUAAAACCGAUAAAUCACGUGAUCACGAAAGAAAGCGAAUAAAAAAUCGUAGCCAAAAAACAACAUUAUAUUUAUUCAUUACGAUAGAAUAGUUAAGGUAUGCGCAUACCGAACAGAACUACGCAUACCAUUAGUUUUCACUGUAGUUUUUUUUACUUUUAUAUUAUUUUCUGUCCCUGCCUAUUCGUCGGUAGCAUAUGAGACUAUUCGAGCUACGCCCGGAGAGCUAGACGCCUAGAGCUCACGGGCUUCAACCUGAGAGAAAUUUCAAACACUAGUACUAGCAAGAGCAGUGCUUCGCAGAAUCUAUCACCAGAUCGGAAUCGCGACCCACAGAAGAUCCGACAAGAAAUUCAAUGCCCUGUGUUUACUUAUAGGUUAGUUCGACGAGGACGUUAUUUUACGUUUAACAAAAAAUCUUAUCUAUCGCUUUUCAUGGUGACGAGAUCAUCAGUGGCAUAAAGAGAGCCAUUGCCUCAAAUAAGUGUAACUUGUGACUUGGUAUUCCUUUGACCAACGUCACCCGUUCGUAUAAUAAAUUAUUUCUAUUUUUUCUACGAACUAAGUUGAAUAUCUGUGAAAUCACGUUCGGCUUGUUACCAUGUACACCGCAUUGAUAAAAAAGACUAUAAUAUGAUCACAACAGAUCACAAUCAAACUGACAUAAAUAUUAAGUGUAUUUAUUGUGUAUGAAACUGACAUUUAAAUCGUACGCAGACAACAGGCUAAAUAUUGUGUUUUAUUAUAGCCAAUGAAAACAUCAUUUAAGAUCAAAUAUAUUUGAUUGAAAAUAUUCCUAAUUAAAGAUUAUUUUCCAUUAAAAAUAGAUUUUCUGUAAUCAGGUACCCUAUUCUUCGAAAUGAUUUUUCAAUCAAAGAAAUAAUACAAAAACUUCAAUAUCCAAUUUUCUCCUGUAGUCUCGAUACCACAAUGCUCAUCUAUCAGGACAUUAAUUUUUGCCGGACGAUAUUCCUCCAUUAAUUUCGAGUUUCAGCAGCCUUGGCAACGUGAUAUCGAGGACAGCAAAUCUGGUUUGUCCAUCGCACUAAACCUCUACCUUGCCACCUCUUAUACUUUCAGCUGACGAUUAUGAAUUAAUGGGCAGUUACUAAAUCUUCGUAUUCACGAAACUACAAUGAAUUUACACAUUCAGCGCACUCACAGUAUCCGACAGCUAAGUAUAAACACUUAAAGACGUCAACGUUGUUCGAAAGCAAAAAAAUAAAAAAAUAAAUAUUAAUAAUGUAGAGUUUAUCGUUUCGUGAUAAUGACCGGCCAAGCGUUGCGCGGCGUCUGGUGAUAGUGAGAGCGCAGUACUAUAUAGUAUAGGUAAUGGCGCUCGCUGUUAUCAACUUUAAAUAGACACUGUGUGCUGAUUUCUCGUGUUAAUCAUGGUACCUUGGGCUCGUUUGUUCCGAAGACUACACUAUGAAGAUUUAGGAGAAGCUGAAACCAUAACGGGCAGGAUAUACCGGACAAUUUUAACAAUUGGAAGUAAUCUAUCAAAAUGCUGGAGUUUCUCGCGACGAUCUUUUCGCCACUACCAACAACCGUUUCCGAGUUUAUAUGAAGAUGAAGCAACUACGUCAGGUAUCACCGACGGUGCCACAUCCGAUCAGCAAAACCGUGUCAUUUUCGUCAACAGACCGCAGCCCCAGAAGUUCGUCUCGAACAGGAUCUCUACUGCUAAAUACAGCGUGCCGUCCUUCGUUCCCUUAUUCCUGUUCGAGCAGUUCCGUCGGUAUUCCAACUGCUUCUUCCUGUUGAUAGCCCUGCUGCAGCAGAUCCCUGACGUGUCGCCGACGGGACGGUGGACAACCCUCACUCCUCUCAUACUCAUACUGAGCGUUAGCGCCAUCAAGGAGAUUGUUGAAGAUUUUAAGCGGCACCGAGCGGACGACGAGACCAACCGCAGGCUGGUGGAGGUGCUGCGGGAGCGGCGCUGGGUCGCCAUACGAUGGGAGCAUCUACAGAUCGGCGACAUCUGCAAAGUGCUCAACAACCAGUUCUUCCCAGCCGACCUGGUGCUGCUGGCCUCUAGCGAGCCCCAGGGCAUAUCCUUCAUAGAGACCAGCAACCUGGACGGAGAGACCAACCUGAAGAUCCGGCAGGCGCAGCCCGACACGGCCCGCCUGGACGCCGCCCCCGCCCUGGCGGACUUCCGCGCCACCGUGCAGUGCGAGCCGCCCAACCGACAUCUAUACGAAUUCAAUGGAUUGCUAAAGGAGGCCAAUGUCAAGACGCUGCCUCUGGGCUUGGACCAGAUGCUCCUCCGGGGGGCGAUGCUGCGGAACACGGCCUGGGUGCACGGCGUGGUGGUGUACACGGGACACGAAACUAAACUCAUGAAGAAUUCUACUAAAGCCCCGUUGAAGCGCUCAUCGAUCGACCGCCAGACCAACACCCACAUCUUGAUGCUGUUCAUCAUCCUCCUGGCGCUGUCGCUGCUCAGCGCCGGCUUCAACGAGUUCUGGAUGCGGAACCACAAUGACUGGUAUAUCGGCCUCGAAGAGGCGCAGAACGCGCACUUCGGGUUCAACUUCCUGACGUUCCUGAUCCUGUACAACAACCUCAUACCGAUAUCGCUGCAGGUCACCGCCGAGAUAGUUCGCUUCUUCCAGGCCAAGUUCAUCUCCAUGGACAGCGAGAUGUACGACCCGGCCAGCGACACGGCGGCCAUGGCGCGGACCUCCAACCUCAACGAGGAGCUGGGCAUGGUGCGCUACGUGUUCAGCGACAAGACCGGCACCCUCACGCAGAACGUCAUGGUCUUCCACAAGUGCACCAUCGCAGAGGUGAUCUACAGCCGGCCGGGGCCCACGGAGCGGCUGGAGGACACGCCGCUGUACCAGAACCUGACGCGGGAGCACCCCACGGCGCCCGUCAUCCGCGAGUUCCUCAUCAUGCUGGCCAUCUGCCACACCGUCAUCCCCGAGACCAAGGGGGACACCGUGGACUACCACGCCGCUUCCCCCGACGAGCGCGCGCUGGUGACGGGCGCCGCGGCCUUCGGCUUCUCGUUCUGCACGCGCACGCCCAGCCACGUGCACGUGCGCGCGCUGGGGGACACGCUGCGCUACCAGCUGCUGCACGUGCUCGACUUCACCUCCGCCAGGAAGCGCAUGUCCGUCAUCGUGCGCACGCCGGAAGGGACCAUCAAGCUGUACUGCAAGGGCGCGGACAGCGUGAUCUACAGCCGGCUGUCCGGCGGAGACAGCGCGCCCUUCGCGGCGGCCACCCUGGCGCACCUGGAGCACUUCGCCGCGGAGGGGCUCCGGACCCUCGUGUUCGCCGUCGCCGACAUCCCCGAGCAGGUCUACCAGGACUGGUCCAACACCUACCACAAGGCGAGCAUCGCGAUACAGGACCGCGAGCAGAAGAUCGAGGAAGCUGCCGAUCUCGUAGAGAACAACCUGAGGCUGCUCGGAGCCACUGCCAUUGAAGACAAGCUGCAGGACGGCGUGCCGGAGACCAUCGCCGCGCUCCUGAAGGCCAACAUCAACGUGUGGGUGCUCACGGGAGACAAGCAGGAGACCGCCAUCAACAUCGCGCACUCCGCGCGGCUCAUCCACACCGCCAUGCCGCUGCUCAUACUCAACGAGGACAGCCUCGACGGCACCCGGGAGUCCAUGUCGCGCCACGCCAUAGACUUCGGAGACAACCUCCGGAAGCAGAACGACGUGGCGCUCGUCAUCGACGGAAAGAGCCUCAAGUACGCGAUGGGCUGCGACCUGAAGAAGGACUUCCUGGACCUGUGCAUAUCCUGCAAGGUGGUGGUGUGCUGCAGGGUGUCGCCCAUACAGAAGGCCGAGGUGGUGGAGCUGGUGUCGGGCGCCACGGGGGCGGUGACGCUGGCCAUCGGCGACGGAGCCAACGACGUGGCCAUGAUCCAGCGCGCGUCCGUCGGCGUCGGCAUCUCCGGCGUCGAGGGGCUGCAGGCCGUCUGCGCCUCCGACUACAGCAUCGCGCAGUUCCGUUUCCUGCUCCGCCUGCUGCUGGUGCACGGAGCCUGGAACUACUCGCGAAUCAGCAAACUCAUUCUGUAUUCAUUCUACAAAAACAUCUGUCUGUACGUCAUCGAACUGUGGUUCGCCAUAUACUCUGCUUGGUCGGGGCAGAUCCUGUUCGAGCGGUGGACCAUCGGCUUCUACAACGUUAUCUUCACUGCGCUGCCACCCUUCGCCAUCGGACUCUUCGACAAGCUGUGCUCACCGGAGAUCAUGCUCAGGCACCCCAUCCUGUACAUCCCGUCGCAACAAGGGCUGCUGUUCAACGUGCGCGUGUUCUGGGUGUGGGCGGUCAACGCGCUGCUGCACUCCGUGCUGCUGUUCUGGCUGCCCGUGGCGCUCGCCGACCACCACGUGCUGUGGUCCUCGGGCAAGGACGGCGGCUACCUGGUGCUGGGGAACCUGGUCUACACCUACGUGGUUCUGACCGUGUGUCUCAAAGCCGGGCUGGCCACGCACUCGUGGACGUGGGUCACGCACGUCUCCAUAUGGGGGUCCUUAGCUCUUUGGCUGCUAUUCUUACUUAUAUACAGUAACAUAUACCCAACGAUUCUGAUCGGAGCCGUGAUGCUGGGCAUGGACCGGAUGGUGUUCGGCUCCCUGGUCUUCUGGUUCGGCCUCAUCCUCAUCCCGAUAGCGACCCUCAUACCGGACCUCGUCGUCACCGUCGUGCGCAACUCCGCCUUCAAAUCCGCCACCGAGGCCGUGCGGGAGAGCGAGCUGAAGCAGCGCGCGCCGCCCGCCCUGCUGGCCCAGCCGCGACACUCCCUCACGGAGACGGCGCGGCUGCUGCAGAACGUUCGCAGCGUGUUCACUCGGCGCUCCACCUCGCGGGCCGCCGUCGAGCUAGAGCUCUCGCAUGGAUUCGCUUUCUCGCAAGAGGAGGGCGGGAGUGUGUCCCAGGCGGACGUGGUCCGAGUGUACGACACAAGGCAGCCGAGACCGGAGCACUCUUGAGCUGACCAACGCCGCCAGCCCAGGGGCAACACCACACUAACACUUGCGUACAAAUUACAUUUGUUCCUGUUAUUUAUUUAUACGUCAUGACACACUUGUUUUAUGCACGUUAUUUAUGUAAAAUGUUAAUACGUAUUGUCAUACGUAAUGUCUACGGUAUUAUAUUACAAAUGGCAAAUUCUUUAGAUCAGUUCAAUUACAGGGAACAAUCCUUUGUUUGUACCCAAAAUAUUAUGCUUAUUUUUUGCUGUUAAUUGUUAUCUCUACAUUACAUGCGUAAUUGAAAUCAAAGUAGAUGAUCUCAAAGUAAAAGCAUAGGAGUAGUUACAGAUUCCAAGGAAAACGUUCACGAAUCCAAAGGCUAAUAAUGUGAAUACAUUAAAUGGAACGGAAUCGGUCGGGAGCGUUUUCCUUGGAUCCGAUACUAGUCCCCACAGAGAGUGGUAUGUAAACCUUAUUUGAUGCAGUGAAUGUGUUUUUUUGACGACCAUGAAAAUUGAAAAUUGAAAAUUGAAAUUGAGAAUUGUUUCUAAAUCCGGAUUAGAUGCCGAUAACUCCACUAUCAUCUAACGUAAGUAUAUUAAAGGAUUCUACUUUAAUUUCACGUAAUUUAUUACAUAUUAUAUACAAGUUUUGUACUUUCCAUGGGGAAACACAUGUUUAGUUGCGCGUUAUAUUUAAGACACCUUUACGGAUGGGUAGGAAACACUAAACGUGGACGUGUUCCCAUGCGGAGAUCUCGUCCCAUAUGCGUGCGUCGAAUGUAAAAUCGAAUUUCCGAUUCAAUAAAAUAAUAACACGUGUAUAAUAAUGUGUAAGUAUAGUAAAAUUAUUCAAUCUUAAUAUAGGUUGCUAAGUAAAAUGCCGAAAGAAAGAUAUUAUUUUAUGAAUAAAUCGUUUUUGUACAGAUCUGUUAGCGUUAUUUUUUGUUUUACAUAAGUUUUAAAUGUUGCCGUAUUUAUUGUAUAAGCUUAUAAACAGACACUUGUAAUUUUUUUUGCGAAUUCAUAUUUAAUAUGAAAAAUAAAGUGGAGAAUUUGUUCCAUUAAACAAGUUCAAAGGUUGUCGAUGACGAAGACGAAAUGCGAGGAAAGAUUUUUAACGUAACCAUAAACUGAGAGGAAAAUGAAUAUGUUGAUUCUAGUAUAAAAAUGGCAUAAAUUAGGCGGAUCAUAUUUGGCGAAGCAGAAAUCGCCGCGCUUCUGUGUUGCUAUUUGUAUAACAUUGUAUACAGUGAAAAAAACUUGGAAAAUACAGUCUUUCGCAACCACUUCGUUUUCGGACUGGCUUUAAAUUGAUAAGAACCCUAUAUAAAACCAUAUUAUAUGUAUGUGUAGUAAGGUUUAUUGUGAAUCAGAUUUAGUCGAAGCUCAUAACGUGAUGUGACACAAAUCGUUGUCCGAACAAGAAAUUCAGUGCUUCGGAAGAACAGGCACUUAUAAAAAAAGAAAUAAGAAGAAAAAAAAACAGAUUAGAACUCACUUAAUAGAGUAACAACAAAAGAAAGUGGGCUACGUAUCAAUAUUUCAAAAAUUGAAUAAUCUGUUACGCAGUCUCUUAACAUUGGAUACGAUGCGCGUGAAACAGUCCAACAUUGAACCUUGUUCUAUAACAUUUCUCGUGUUAUGAAAAUAUACACAUAUGAGAGAAGAAAAAGUCCUCUCAAAUACCAAAUAUGUAAAUCAAGUUGUAUGAAACGAAGCUUGUCAAACAUCACGUCCGACUUGUCACACAACUACCACUUUGCUAAAAUCCGUCUAAAGGUUAAUUCACACACAAAGAUUUUCUCGAAUAAAAAUAUCUGGAAAUCGUGACCACUGUAAUCAUGCCAAAGUUUAUUUUUGUGGAAGGCAUAAAAAACUUAAUACAAUGUCCACUGGGACAGUCCAUAAAGAGUGAGUACUCGCUAAAACAACACUCAUCGCUGUCGUCUAUUGUGUGAGUGUCGCAAUCUUUCGUGCCCCUGGGGACGAGGAUUUAUUAGUCCACUCAAAGCCACCUUCCGCCUCGAUGUGAACAUCCGACGGCGGAGUUUGCGCCCUGAUGUCUAGACUACCACCCAAUUGAAGUCACUUUUACCAAAGACAUUAUGAGCAGUUGAAGGGAUAUAUAUACAUGCUGCAGGCUCCUUGCGUGCGGUAGUCAGCAGUAACAUAUUAGCGCGCCAGUUUAUAUAUAAUAUUAUUAAACAUACGAGAGUACGUGCUAUCUGUGAUGUCGCUUCGUAGUUAAAAUAAAUCGGUGACCAAGAUAUGGUACAUAGUCACUUUGUUGGUUUUAUGAUUUUUUUUAGUUAACUAGUUUAUAUCUACAUAAAAAGCGGCAAAAGGCAAAUGUCCAUGGGUAAGUCCUCAUGUCCAAGUAUACCAGCGCCAGACGCAGUUUUGCUCGAGAUUCCAGUAUCGUUUCUACUGAAAAGCCUAAAGGCACAAACCAGAAUACUUUCAGUUUUACUUGAAAGUCGUGAACAAAGAAGGACUCUAGUGCGCUUGCAGUUGUCGAAUUUACCAAUUGAUGGUUAGCCCCGACUGCACACAAUACGAUGUUUCUAUCAACCGUGUGCCCAUAGUAUACACACGGAAACCAAAGUGAUAUAAAUUUUGUACUAUAUUUACACUAGGCUAGACUGCUGGAAACUUAGCGGAGCUUUGAUCCUUAACCACGUCUCAGUUAGAUAGAAAUGUAAAAACUUUACAAAUAUGUCAAAUCUAUUUAUAGCAAUAAAAAAUUCAUGUUUUUUUUAUUAUUAGGCCAAUAUGUUUAAAAGCUUUUACACAAUAAACUUAUGAGAAAAAAUCAUAAAACCAAAAUAGUUAUAGAUAGGUAAUCUUUUAGAUCGAUGUACUCUAUGUAUCGAAUAUGCAAAUUGUAUUUUUAUCGUAAUCUCGGCACUGUUUAGAUCGAAUCGAAUUUAUGAUGCACCAACCACUGAUAACGUAGUAUUCAGAACGUUCUCAUAACGUCACUUUUACAAAACAAUAUAUCGUCAUUAACAAGUAAGUUUAAUUAGAACUAUUAUACCUUUACGGUUUUAAUAUCGCAUACACUAUUUUCGUUCUAUUAUGAAAUUUUAGCGAGAUCAAAUCGUAAAAGGAGUGUUAUUAAGUAUGUCUACGACUCCCGCAAUCCGAAGACAAUACUAUGUUUUAUUAGAUAAUUAAUUAUUAUUAUAUCUCGUUAGAGGUCGCGGGUUGUUCCGUUAUUGGUACUUACAUACACGAGACAACGCAGUCCUGCAAUGAGUUGUGCAUUGACGGAAAUCUUUGAAAUUGUUCAUUAUUCUUUAUUCUUACUUGCAAUAUAUUUUUAACAUAAUCAAAUUCGGUAUAUUUAAAGAAAAACAAGAAAUAUAAUGGAAGUGUAUACAUUUUGAGUCACAUGAAGGUUAAUGUACCUAAAAACUACAAAUACACAUAUACUUCGACAAACAUGUCAUUUGUGGAAUGUGACGUCACGACAGACUGCAUCAUCAUUUUUGAAGAGAACACUUUAGACGUAUGGUCGCCCGUUGUUAACUUAUUUUUCAUUGUUAAAAUAAUUAUUGUUGAUUUGUUGACAUAUUUCAAUUAAAAUUAACAUUUUUAUAGAUAUUAGUUGAAGAAUAUUUUGUAUAUAUAAUGAUUAUUCGUAUUAUUUGUUAGGAUUAAUGCCGAGAGUAAAGUUUUAGAUCUCAAAAAUCACUAAAAAGCAAAUUGGUGUUCAUUGGCGACAAGAACUAACAAAAAACAAUUUAACUAACAACAUAAUAAUGAUUUAAGUGAACUAAAAUAAAUUGUGAUAUAACAUUUUAUUUCAGAAUAUUUACAAAUUAACGUUCGUUUGAAUUUUAGACGACUUGUGAUUAAUCUAAUAAACUACAUGUAAGUAAAUAAAUAUAUAUUUUAAACUGUUUAUGUAGUAAAAGUUAUUGUAUAUGACUUUGAUUCUUUUGUAUACCUUUUUGAAAGAUUGCGAUAAAACAAAUUUUGCAAUAUGUUUUCGUUUUCACGUUAUUCACGUUUUGUUUUUACUUUAUUUAAAAAAUAUAUAUAUAUUCGUACAAUUACGGUGAACUUGCGUAGAAAUCAAUGUUACUUUAUCUGAAUGUAUGUGUAUUUCGAACAGAAUAUUAUUGUUAAAUAUUUACAGCCAUCGAAGGACGAAGGCAAGACGAAAUUACAACAAUAGAAAUAAACGAAGCCGAAAUCAAAAUCACUAUUUCGUUUCAAUACUGCAGUUUUCGCUUGCUCCCAUAGACACAGCCCACUGAGAUUCUCGCCGGAUCUUCUCAGUGGGUCGCGUUUCCGAUCCGGUGGUAGAUUCUGCGAAGCACGGCUCUUGCUAGGGUCAGUGUUAGCAUCACUCCGAUUUGAGCCCUGUGAGCUCACCUACUAGUUAAAGUUACACUGAAAUAGCCUCUCAAGGCUAUCAGCUUAAGUAGGAAAAAAAAGCAGUUUUCAAGCAGUCAAGGACUAAAAGAGAUACUAAACUAGAUUGAAUAUUAUAGUUAUUUCCAAAUCGUACUGUCCGUAGAGAUGUGAAUUGCUUCUAACAGAAUAAAUUAUAGCUUACUUGAUCAUUACAUUGUCAGCGAUAGUAACUUUCGCCGAGUGAUGAUGUCGAGUGCGAGAACGAAUACUAAAUAUACGCCUCUUACUCGCCUGCUUGUUUUAAAAAUAAAAAUAUUAAUACCAACAGUAACGUGAACAUUUUAUUCAAGUUCAUUGCGAAACUAAAAGACAAAUGAUAUAUAAAAUAUGGUGAAGUUGUACCGGUGACUGACAGAACUAUUUGACUUCUGUAACUUAAGGACAAAAUUAUAUUCGGUCCCGUUUAACGCUCCUUUAAACAUUUAGUAAUUUCGUCCAAUGUUUUAAGUAUUAAGUAUCAAUACUCUAACGUGAACUGAAUAAUAUGAAUUUACUACGCAUACAUUGUCGUUUCCGUAAUCUUUGAUUAGACCGCAAUGUAACACAAAGGUAGCCGCCGGAUGCACACCGCGUUCCGUCCAGACCCUGCCUUGCGCGCCUCACCGUAACUCUGUUACGAUGAUAAUGGAUUAACAGCGUAUAAUGCAAACAUGAUAUUUGUUAAAUGAAAACUUUUCGACCGUUGUGCUAUGAAAAUCGAUAAAACUGAAAUGUUAACCUUUAGAUACCAAUACUCUUACAUCUGUAGGAAUGAGAGGAAUACUUCUGAAAGGUUCACUUAUACAGCGCUUGAACUACACACACAUACGGGUUUGUUCAGUAUUGCCGUGCUAGGACUCGCAGCCGCUUCAUGAUUUUCUGCAUCGAUUUCAAUACACACAGUUUGUAAAAAGGGAAACCUGUUUGUUUUGAUGUUAAAAAUAUCGUCUUGUCUUCGUCCUCUUAUGAUAUAAGAAAUAAAAUUAGAAUUUACAAAUAAUAAAUUAUUAUUUAUUCUUGUUCUGUAAA